AUGAUUUUACCUCCUGAAAUAGUAUAUCAGGUACUCACAUACCAAUUUUAUGAUCUAAUGUCUAAUGACCACCCCAGUAGUCCAGAAAAGUUCCAUUCGAACCUCCGAAUUUUUCUGCGUAGUAAUCUGACGGUUAACAAGACCUUCUACCACAUUUGCAGGGUGCUACUGUACCGAUACUUGAACUUUACGUCUGCGAGGGGAUUCAACAAGCUUCUAGAGACCUUGAGGGGUCAUCCCGAAGUUCUGCGGUAUAUCCAGGUCGCAGAUUUCCAAGAACUAACUUCUAUCGGCUUGGGACGAUCCGGCCAAAUGAAUAAGACCAUCAAGAACCUAACAAACGAGACACUGUGGGAAUUUUUGUGGUACACGCGUGGUAGCCUUAGAGAGUUCUUGGCCAGUGAACAUAUCCAGGGAGAUCUCGAUGAGCGCAUUAUCCAUUUUUUGCUCAAACCUGGAACUGUUUUGAGUGUCGUAGACUUUUGUGGGGGCUCUCAAGAUGUGUUUACGAGCACGUUCACAUCAGCCGUGGAACGCCUUUAUGAUAACGAUCAACCUAUUGACUAUAAUUACCAGAUAACUUCUCUGGGACUUAACGAUUGCACUACAAUUACAUCCAAGACGCUGGGUAAGUUAUUGGCUACCCUUCCCGAACUUCAAAAACUCGAUUUGACCCAUACUUCCAUCGAUGAUCGUACAAUAAUAAGCGACAUUCCACAUUUGAAGCAUUUAACUCACCUAUCUUUGUCAAUGUGCUCCCAGAUCACUCCGAGAGGGAUUUUAGAGUUCUUUAGCUACCAUCCAGCCAUUACAGAUAGUGCUUCGACACUUCAGUGGCUAAAUGUUCAAGUGCAUCCACAUUCAUCUUCAUGGACAGACGUACAGCUCAUGUUUCUGCUCAAAAAACUGUGCCGUUAUGGCCACAACAAGACACUGCAGUAUUUGAAUAUUGGAGGCAUGCCAAUGCAUAUCACGGAUGAUUUCACGAUGGAAAGAACUGCGGAUUACUGGCAAUGUCAAGACACGCUGUAUUUCAUAAAAUUGAACUUCCCUCAGUUGAAAAGUCUGAGCAUCAAAAAUAAUAACAUUACCAUUCCCAGGUUGACGCAAUUUUUGUCUCCUCUUCAAGAUGACGAUAUACCUUCUCAGCAGUUGAAAUACCUCAACAUUGUCAAUAACGUCUACAUUAAUAAAUGGACUAUACAAGACCCUGCACUCUUCUCACAUUCCGCGUCCUUGUGCGCUAUCGAAUUAUCAUUCGAUCCAUGGCAACAAAUAGAAGCAUCUAAUCCGAGGCACGAGAUAACUUGCCGCAUAUUAGAAAGUAACGCGCUGAUCCAGGAUUAUUCUUCCGCGGAACCUGCAAAGUGGAGGUGCUACAUUGGAUCAGCCUAUGGAAGGAGACACUGGCUCUACAAAACGGAUGAGUACUUGAAUCGUGAGGAUAUUGAGACUCGAGGAUACUUGACUUCAUAUGAUGCAGAGGGCAACAAGAUAAUUGAUAUUGUCAAGCAGCCCGACUUUCUCAAGUUCGCGCAAAACAAGAUUAUGCUCGGUUGUGGGAUAGUGAGACAAAGCCGAGUGCGAUGCAAUCGUACAUACAGAGACGUCAAACCACCAAUCUCUCAAUUUUUUAAUAGAAACAAAACGUUAGCAGUGGGUCCCACGGCUACACCCCCAUUACAGAAUCCGGUGCGACCUCCUGGUGGCUGGCGCCUCAUCGACAACGAGCACAGCGUAGAUUUGGAAGGGGCCCCAUCGACUAUCGCAGCAGCUGGCAUCGAUCCUCACGAUCCUGCAGUCUCGACUUUCAAUUCAUCUCGUAGUGGGCUCUACUGGGACCGUUCUAUUCCAAAUCUAGAGCAACACAUGCAACAAGUCGAAACCGACUCCGACUAUCUGAACGAUCCAGAGCUGCAGCGUCGCAGGUCAAGAUUGUGCCUUUUCGGCGGGUACUCCGGGAACGAGAAUUCAACAGCACGUAUCAGACAAGGAUCUGCUACCGGCCUACGAUCGGACAGGCCGGACUCUUCCGACCUCCUGGAGAGGUACGACGAUAGCAACUGCUUAAACACUAUGUCGAAGAUGUACCGUCUGCAUCUCGAUGUCGUGGCAGAAUAUACGGUAUUUGGCUGCAUAGAACGUGGUAUGUACCGAUACUACAGCUUGAAAACAUGA